AAUGGGAAGCUAACUUCAGCGUUGGGCUUUGUGUGUUUCUCCAAACAAACAAAAAAGCCGAAACUGUCACGUGACUGUACCCCAUAGUUCAAGAUGGAGACUGCGCGAGCUUCACGGGUAGCUUUUGUAGCUAGCCGUUUACAAUAAUCACAAUAUGGCAAAUGCGACGUACUACUAGACAUUUUAAUGCAAACAGCGAGAAUAAUAACUUAACCUGAGAUGCGAAUUUAGCAGCUUUCGACCACAAUGAAGGGAAGUUAUUUGUAAACAUACAACACCUAAUUAAUAUUCAAAAUAAAAGGAAACCACUGUCAAUGGUCAUCAACACGAACUCAUUUUGAGUGAGAGGAGAUCGACAUGGCGCUCAGAGAGUUAAAAGUCUGUCUCCUGGGGGAUACUGGCGUUGGAAAGUCGAGUAUUGUUUGGAGAUUUGUGGAGGACAGCUUUGACCCAAAUAUCAACCCAACAAUUGGGGCAUCCUUCAUGACCAAGACAGUGCAAUACCAAAACGAGCUGCAUAAGUUCCUGAUCUGGGACACGGCAGGACAAGAGCGGUUUCGUGCUCUGGCACCAAUGUACUACAGAGGGUCAGCGGCGGCCAUCAUUGUUUACGAUAUUACGAAGGAGGAAUCCUUCCAAACACUGAAGAACUGGGUGAAGGAGUUGCGCCAGCACGGUCCUCCUAAUAUAGUGGUCGCCAUAGCUGGCAACAAAUGUGACUUGACAGACGCCAGGGAAGUGCCAGAGAAGGAUGCCAAGGACUACGCUGACUCCAUCCAUGCCAUCUUUGUAGAAACCAGUGCCAAGAAUGCCAUUAACAUCAACGAGGUGUUUAUAGAGAUAAGUAAACGCAUUCCUGUUGUCGAUGCAGCAGGUGGAACUUCAGGAAAAGCUUUCAAACUGGGACGUCAGGCGUCAGAGUCUCGCAGAACGUGCUGCUGAUGAUGCCGCUGACUGUGCCCAUAUGACCUGUGACCUGACCUUUGCUUAUCCUGUGUGUGCCCGGCCUGCUUCAGCUUACAGCCACGGAGACCCUCAAACACACUGCCGUUUCUGAUACCAGGGUGUAGCAAUGCCACUCUGAUGACGGGGGUGUCAUGAAAAUGGUUGGCAUGAGAAAUACUUACUGAGCCUUGACAAUUGCCUGCAUUAAAACAUAGACGUGUAAGUGAAAAAAAACAAAAAAUAUUAAGGAAUUUAGAAAUCAUUUGUACUCCUCUUUCUACAUCAUCUUUCAACCAAAA